AUGGCGACAAUUUCUUUGACCGUCCGCAACUCCGGCUUCGAAGUGGCUCCCGCCGGCAUGUUCAUCAACGCUUGGGUGCUGCUGGUGUGCCUCGGGUUUUUGCUACUUCUCGCGGCGGCCAUUGCACACAUAUGCCGGGAUCCGCUCCUCGAUCCCAUCGUCGCCCACAUCAAAGCGCAAGCACAGAUUCUCCAUCCCGACAUGAAAGAUUUCAGGCUCAACCUCAAGCGCGUGCGACGAACAUCACCGUUCAAGUCGUCCGAUUCCACGGUCGUUCGCCUCGUCAAAGCCAUCAUUGCCGAGCGUAAACCGAAAGAGAAUGGGUACAUCCGCUGGGUCGCAGUUUUGUCAGGCGACAGACCGCUCUCUCGCUAUGAGCCGGGCAAGCCAUGGGGCCUACAGGUGGUCAGGGAGUCGAGGGUGUGCGAUUCGAAGUUUGAGGCGCUUACAGCUUUGGAAUAUUUGCUGGAAGGGGAUUUGAUGGUUGCGGGGUUGUAG